UCGUGGGACCUUUUUAGGACGCCAUUUUAAAACGCCGGGUCCUGCCUGUACUCUUGCAGCCAUGUUGUCUUCAUUUUCUCGUCAGGCAGCUAGAGUUUCUAGAAGGCCUAUUACUGCGGGUUUACGGAGGUAUCUUGCUACAGAAGUGGAUGGCAAACCGGCCAUGAGCCUUACGUUUGCUUCCCCCACAGAGGGGUUUUAUAGGGAUGCUGCUGUGACCCAGGUAGAUGUGUCCACCACAUCUGGCAGUUUUGGUAUCUUACCAUCACAUGUACCAACCCUCCAGGUUAUCAAGCCUGGCGUACUCACUGUCUAUGAGGGCAGCACUAGUACUAAAUACUUCGUCAGCAGCGGUGCUGUAACAGUAAAUGCCGACUCCACCGUGCAGAUCCUAGCAGAGGAAGCUCACCCACUUGACAGAUUUGAUGUCCAGGCCGCUAACAAACAGCUUGAGGAGGCCCAGCAAGAGCUGUCUGGUGCGUCAUCAGAAGCAGACAAAGCCAGUGCGUCCAUUGCUGUGGAGUGCGCAGAGGCACUAGUGAAAGCCUUGCAUUGAAUUAUUAGAACCUGUGUGUAAAAAUAUUGAGGGACUUCCUCACACUGUUUCGGGAGUAAAAUUGGUUGUUUGUUUUAAA